AUGUUCUUCUGCCUACAGGAUUUGAAAACUAGCAACCAGCGAGAUGAAAUUGCUGCAGCACGUGCAAGUCUGAAGGAAAAUUCAUCGCUUCUACAUUCAAUAUGUUCAGCUUGCUUGGAACAUUCAGAUGUGGCAUCCCUUACAGCCAGCAAGGACUCCAUCUGCAAUGAAAUACAGAGUGCUCUCAACGUAAUUUCAAAUGCUUCCCAAGGAGUCAGAAAUGAAAUGGGACAACCUCCCUCUCGCACAGCUACUCUAGGAAGAGCCCUUGAUGAGCUCGAGAAUUUAAUUGUCCUGGAUCCUCUCGUAGUGAAUGAAGAGAAAAUAAGGCCAUCGCUAGAGAAACGUUUGGAAGCUAUUAUUAGCGGAGCUGCUUUGCUAGCAGAUUCUUCCUGCACACGUGACUUCCAUCGAGAACGUAUCGUUGCGGAGUGCAAUGCUAUCCGCCAAGCUCUCCAAGACCUGCUUUCUGAAUACAUGAAUAACGGAACCUUCAUUGAAGUGGUGUUUUCUCUCCCCAAGAUGAAAUAAAUCCUUGAUUAUGGUAA